GUCUGUCGUAUUUGAUUGCCAAUUCCGUUGACUUUUGGCUUUUAUAGUAAUUUACAUAUUAAACGGCAUCUCGUAUCCGUGAACCGACGUUCGAUCUCAAGUUUGGCAUAGAAAAUACCACUUAUACAUACCUAACAUAGCACUUAUAUGAAAAGUAUACUUGCUCUUCUCUUUGCCUGCCCCUUGCCCCUUACCCCUUGCCCCUUACCCCUUGCCCCUUGCCCCCUUAAUUCUCUUACUCUCUUCACCUUUAAAAAGCCGUUCAUUCGUUUCUACAUCUCUAUAAUAGCCUGGAGGAUUACAUCGCGUGUGAUACAACGUGCUUUACACCCUCUUGCCGCUUUUCCACUUCCGUUCUUCCGGCAUUGUAAACCACCUCUUGACAACAUUGCCAUUGUCGACGGCUAUGACGGCGGACAGAAAGUCUUGGUAUCUCUUGGUAUUCUGGACAUGGUGUUCACUUUAAAGGGGUGGUCUACGCUCCGCUGGUGGCCAAGCCUUGGUCUUCCUCUCCGCCCGCCAAGUUCUUGGCCAUGCACUCGUCAACUGCCUUUUUACUCGUAUCAGCAGCGAGAGUACGGAGUACGGACAAACAACAUGUCGACUACCUAUUUCGUCUAUUCGUCUACCCCUUGAGAGCUUACGUUCGACUUGCUUUGGACCCUUGCUUCAAUAUUGGACAGACUAGGCUGACCCCUUAACCCAGGAAGUUCAAGAAGCUUACGACUUCUGUGGCACAGCCUGAUCCCAAACGUCAAAGGGCAAUCAGAGAAGACAAGAAGGGGAAGCUGAGCUUGUCUCUCACCGCUUUUGGUAUUGGUGCAGUAUAA